GCCCGGCCGCCCUGAGUCGCGCGACGGUGGCCCGGUGGGAGGCCAUGAGCGUGCCCCGCGUGCUGCAGGUCCUGACCUGCGCUGGCUUCGUUGCACUCUUCCUUUCCGACGCUGGAGAAUGCGGUCCCUUGCCGGCGUCCGCGGAGGAGCGGGCGUCGCGGGCGUUUCCAGAGGACCGAGUGGAUUUUGGACCCCACACCCUGCAGUAUACCCUUACUGUGGGCUCCCAGGAUGGAUCUGUGCAACCCAGAUUUCUGGCUGAGGGACAUUUGGACAGUCAGCCCUUCCUGCACUAUGACAGUGAGAACGGCAGGGCAGAGCCCCGGGGACCGUGGGCAGAAGCCGUCCUGGGAGCUGAGACCAGGGACGCAGAGAACGAGCUCCUCACAGACAAGGGGAAGGACCUCAGGAUGAGUCUGGCUAUCCGGGGAGACGGUAGCACCAGGGGCUUCAGGGACUUCCGCUAUGAUGGGGAGCCCCUGCUCUCCUAUGACCCGAAGACUCAGCGAUGGACAGUGCCCUGGCCCUCAGCUCAGGCUCUGGCUGCGAGUCUCCAGAGGUCCUGGGAGGACGGUGCCGCAGAAGCCAGGAAGCACUACCGCUAUACGCUGGCAGACUGCGUGGGAGAACUGAAGCGAUAUCUGCGUUCCCGGAUGGGCUUCCAGAGACCAGGUACUGACCCUGGAGAGGGGCUUCCCUGUCCCCCAUUGCACUGGAGCCUCCUCACCCCCAUGCUGCCCAUGGACACCCUCCCCUGCCGUGGGUGCAGGCAUGCUCUGCUGACCUGCUAUACUCUGACCUUCCUGUCCUGUCGGAGCUCCUGGAGGAAGACAGAGUUAGGGAAUGAAGUGUCAGUGUGUAACCCCGGAAAGCAGUGGGCUCCAGAUAGAAACCUGUCCUGGGAGGACCCCCUGCCUCAUGGCUGUCCCCUUUCUCCUCCAUUGUCCCCAGCAGUGACUGUGACCCACAGUGAGCCCUCGGGGGGCACCGUCAACCUGACAUGCUGGGCCUUCGGCUUCUAUCCCUGGAACAUCUCUCUGGCCUGGCAUCAGGAUGGGCAGCCCCUGAGCCAAGAUGCCCAGUGGUCAGGGGGUGUCCUGCCCUAUGAGAAUGGCACCUACCAGGCCUGGGUGGUCACCCGGGUCCCCCAGGGAGAGGAGCCACAGUUCACCUGCCACGUGGGGCACGGCGGGAACCACAGCACUCACCCUGUGCCUGGUGAGCCUGGGGGGCUGGGGGGACAGGGCCUGGGUGGGGCUAGGGGUCGUGGCAGGAAGAAUCUGUGGCUCUGGGAGCCCCGGGUAUAG